AUGCGGCCUCUGUAUGACGCAGUACACUGGUACAUGGCAGAAGUUGGAGCUCACGUGGUAGCUAAGACCGGGAUCCCUUCAGACAGACAUCAUAUCGGAAAACUGAUACUGCACAGCCUUCAAGAUGAUCCCGACUUUGUGUUCCAGAUUGAUGGAGCUACGGGAGAAUCAGAGACCAACAUAUCAGCCGCAUUCAGGAGUAUCCAAUGUGCUGUCUCUCUCACUAAGAUGGGGCUGAAGAAAGGCGAUGUAAUGGUUCUUAUGGGACCGAACCACAUACACUUUAGUGUACCACACAACGCAGCACUGUUUCUAGGGAUCAUGAUGGCACCAGUUGAUGUUUCUUUGGUUGUCAAUGAAUUGAAACAAAUAUUUGAAACGAAUCGACCGAAGAUAAUUUUCUGUCAAAACGAAAAAGCAAAAGAAAUUGAAAAGGCAUUAAAUUUAGCAGAAGUGGUAGCUAAAAUCGUUACAUUUAAUGAAAGCAGCGACUAUACUACACUAGCCCAAGUCUUAGAAGAUGCAGAUGACGAAGAAGUCGCAAAUUUUAAGCCAACAGAUUUUGAUCCAGCGGAGACGGUAGCCUACCUACCUUCAACCAGCGGUACUACGGGGAUUCCAAAAACAGCAAUGCUGACACACAAGAACUUAAACAUCUUAGUGCCUUACAUGUGGUCAAGUUGCACACAAUUUCCAACACCAAUCAGAAUGAUGUUUGUGACGUCACCACCCCAAUGGUUGUCAGCUGGGUUCCACUAUGUCUUCUCCGCGAUCUUGAAGUAUACCCGACUACAGACAUCUGCUGAACUGACUCCAGAUCACUUUGCUGAACUUGUCAAUAAAUAUAAGCCAUCCUGUCUAAUGACCAGUCCAACUAUGGUGCAGACCAUGAUAGCAAAAGCGAAAUGUGAUUUCACCUGCUUCGAGUUUAUAGCGAUGGGUGGCAGCGCUGUACCAUAUGAUCUUGUAGAAAAAACGAAGAAAAUUGCAAACACAGAGAAGGUUAUUAUUCUCUACGGUAUAACUGAACUUAGUGGUCUCGUCGUCCAGCACGAGUAUCCAGCAGCUCCAGGGUCUUUCGGGAAACCUGUUGGUUGUGUGGAUGUCAAAAUUGUGGACCCUGAAACUCAUGAAGAAAUAUUGGAGCCUAAUGUUCCAGGAGAAAUUUGGUUCAGAGGUCCAAACGUCUUCAAGGGCUACUACAACAAACCAGAAGCAACCAAGGAGACGAUGACAGAAGAUGGCUGGUUUAAAACUGGUGACAUUUUCUACAGAGACGAGUCAUGGAACCUGUUUUUUGUUGACCGAUACAAGUCAUUGUUGAAGUACAAGAGUCAUCAGGUGUCUCCAGUGGAAGUCGAGGAGGUGAUAAUGAAGCAUCCAGGAGUUAUGCUAGUAGUAGUAACAGGUAUACCAGACAGGGAGUGUGGGGAUCUGGUGGUGGCAUGCGUUGUACCUAAGCCAGGCUGCAAUCCCACAGCGCAGGAAAUCGAGGAUUUGGUCAAAGAAUCCCUAUCAGACUCCAAGCAGCUGCGAGGAGGCGUGAUCUUCAUGAAGGAACUGCCAACGACCAGCACAUCCAAGAUCAACAGGAGAGCACUAAAAGAAAUAGUCGCCAACUUACCGAGAGAAUGA